UCCCCUCCCUCUGUCGGUUAAACCAAACACUAAAUUUCCAGUUCCACCGAUAGAUAUCAAACGAAAACCCUAAUUCCGGCAAUCAGAUUGAAAGAUGGGAGAGAGGAAAGUGCUGAACAAGUAUUACCCGCCGGACUUCGAUCCGUCGAAGCUUCCGAGGGCCCGGCGACCCAAGAACCAGCAGAUGAAGGUUCGAAUGAUGCUUCCCAUGAGCAUCCGUUGCAACACCUGCGGUAAUUACAUCUACAAAGGCACAAAGUUCAAUUCCCGCAAAGAAGAUGUCAUCGGCGAGACUUAUUUGGGAAUCCAAAUAUUUAGGUUUUAUUUCAAAUGCACCAAGUGCUCUGCUGAGAUUGCAAUGAAGACUGAUCCACAAAAUUCAGAUUAUACUGUUGAAUCUGGUGCAACGCGAAAUUUUGAACCUUGGCGUGCUGAGGAUGAGGAAGCAGAGAAGGAGAGACAGAAAAGAGAAUCUGAAGAAAUGGGGGAUGCGAUGAAAUCUUUGGAGAACAGAACGUUGGAUUCCAAAAGAGAGAUGGACAUUCUUGCUGCACUUGAUGAAAUGAAGUCUAUGAAGUCCAGACAUGCUACUGUGAGUGUAGAUGCAAUGCUUGAGGCCUUGCAGCACACUGCUGCUGAAAAGGAGAAGAAGUUAGAAGAAGAAGAUGAGGCGCUUAUAAAAUCAAUUUUUCAGAGGCCAAAGGAAGUUGUUCGAAGGAUUUCGGAUGAAGUUUUCAGCGAAGAUGGAGAUUUGACCCAUUUAUCAAGUGGCAAUGGUGAAACCUCAAAUGAUGGCUUAAAGAGGAGAAAGGUGUCUGAAGAAGCUUCAAAUAACCCUACAGAUGCUUUGACAAAAGCUAGUGUUCUGGACAGCUCCAGCAGCAAAGAAAAUUCAAGUGUCUCGGGGACUCGCCAAGGCAAAGUUCCUUUCAAGCCUUCAAUCAUGAUCUCUGUUGUGAGGAAACCAGAAGAGAAAAUUGCUAACAGUACAAGCACUGGACUCCAAUCACUGUGUCAAAACUAUGACAGUGACGACGAUUAGUGAAUGGAGGUUUUUUUUUUUUUUUUUUAUCUAACCCUACUAAAUGAUGACGAUUGCUAACAUUUUGUAAUGUAAUUCUGCUGUUAGAACACAGGAUUGGAAAAUUAAAAAUAUUAGAAAACAUAACAACUUGUGUAAACAUCAUUUUUAUCCAAAGGACUCGUUAAUAUAUUAUCAA